CCUCCAGUGAGUCACUGGACCCUGCAGAAUCUCACUUGUGAAGUUGGGUGAGAUCUCUGCCCCCACUGCCCAGGCCCCAUGGGAGCUGUGCAGACUGACUCUCUUCUGAAGAGUCCCUUGGAAAUGUUUUGAUGGGGACUAGAGAAAGAACUUCGCUUGUUCUUCAGGAAGACUUGACGGAGUCAGACGCUGAGGACCCCAGAGCAUCUGGAGGAAGCCUGAGGGUCACCUCCACCUAGAAGCCUUCCUUCACUACCCUAAAUACAAUGGACCUCUGUACCCACCCCGUCUCAGUGAUGGCAAUGGGGGAACAUUUGGAGUGGCUGCUGCCAUCACACCAGCUGCAGCAGGCAGGCGUGGCUGGGGCUGCUCACUCCAUGGAGCUGGCAAGAGCUCCGCCCCUUCUGAGUCAGCGUGGAAGCUCCCUGGGUGCUGCUGCAGCUGCCCAAGCCAUAGCUGUGGACCCAGGCAUCACUGGGUCUCGGAGCCUGGGAGCAGAUGGGAACCCCACCCUCCAAGGGGCAGCUGCAGCCACCAAACCACAGCUGCAGGCCCGGGGCUCCUGCUCCACGGAGCAGGCAGGAGCCCUGCCCCCUUCCCACCUAGCUGCACCAGCCCAAACUGCAGCUGCAGACUCAGGCAUCUCUGCUCUCUUGGGGACCCUGGAGGGCCCCCCUGCCCUCAGAGGCUUGGAAAUGCCUGUUCCCACUGCCUGGCUUCUCCUGCUGUCAGUGCCCACUCUGAUCUUGGAGCAAACUUGGGGCCAAGCCUGUGAGCUGUCACAGCUCAGCCAGGUGUGCACACACUCGAGGCAGUGCUGAUCCACCAGCCCCCUGCUGUCUCAACCCCCUCCAGAUUUUGGGCACUGAUGGGCAUAGGAGGGAAGCUGGAGGAAUUGAGGGCAGCUUGGCACUGACCUGCAGAUGCCCCUUGGGACCUACAGCUUAGGCACCAUGAAUGGCAGCUGGAGGCAAACAGGUUUCUGGGCAGAAGGGGAUGGGUCCUGGUGAGACCCCACCUUCAGGCCAGGAAGGGCCUGAAGGCUGGAGGGAGGCUGCCAGUGCCAUGGACUGGAAUGCGAACUUGUGGUGCCUUUUCUGGGCCUGCCCAUGGCCGCCCGUGGGCCAUUCAGCAUGAACUUCCUCCUCUCUGAGACCCAUAAGAGCCCCAGGCUCAGCCAGAGCUAAGCAGACAUCUGGAUGACCGGCUGUGGAAGGAACUAUCCACUCCAGGGCCUCCUCCGAGCUAUUGCCACGCAGUAAAGCUCCUCUUCAUCUGGCUCA